UAACAUCGGGACGCGCGCGAUCCCACUGUUCUUCACGCUAUUGUCAACGUGAGAAUUUCAGAGGGAAAAAAUAAAAUCUACGUUGAGUAAAAAAGGCUAGUGAAUCGGUCACUUCAAACGAUGUGAAUGUGAAUAUAAAUAACGAAUAGUUAUAAAUAUGAUGAAUUAAGCUGUUAAUCUAUUGACGGAUUUAUUGGUUUUUUUCGCUGAGAAUUGAUUUUUCAGUGCAUUCGGAGAUGGUGGAUAUUUUUAUAUAGAGUUACUGAUGAUCAUUAUGUUGAAGUGGUUCAUUAUUUUAUUCGAGUGUUAAUGAGUGCGAGUUACAAGGUGGAUGGCAGUGUAUUGUUGCCUCGCUCAAUGAUGAUUUGUAAAAAUUACAUCGGUUUUAAUAUUGAAUAGGCAAUUAUUUGACACAUGGCACGACUCGAAAUACCGAGUAUAGUGGUCCACAAGGGAUGCAGUAGGUCACAAAGCAGAUCAUCGAGUCCAACUGGCGUAGCAUCAUCUGUUAUGCCUGCACUACCAUCGUCCGAGCAUGCUAUUAUAUCAGUCAGUGGUGGUAGUAACAGUGUGACAUACAGAGUCAAAAGUGAACAGAACAUGUUAGACACUAAUGUCAACGUCAAUGUUGACAAUAGUGCAGGGGAUAACGAUACACAUCCGUCGUCAAAUUCACCUGACAAAGCCGAACUGGAAUGUAACAACAGUCGAAAUAGGAUAAACACAAAGGUUAAACUCCUCGUUCGCAGUCAUGCGAUGAGGGAGUCAACCUCCCCUCCCCGUGAGGCCCACAACGGCUCCACCUCCCCUCGUUCUCCCUCCGAUCACCCGGAAAAACCCAAAUACCCCUCCUCCCUCUCGCCCCCAACAACCACACCAAAGUUAAACAACAACAACAACGAGUCAAUCUACAGUAACAGUAACUUAACAACUCACUCGCCCAAACAGACCCGCACAAUAGCCACAUCUCCCACUUGUCGCACACCCCCUCGCAAUUCUCUUCAGUCAUCGCCCUCCCCCAAAUCAUCGCCAAACUCACCACCCCCCGCCGAUAAAGACCCAACUCAUCGUUCCAAAGCCACAAGUCCCAAUAUCCCCACAAAAUGCAACAACUGCGUUAAAAACAAUCAGAAUGAUCGUCCAGGUCUCCUGCAGACCCCUGGAUCACCGUCCAAAUCCGCCGCCCAUCACUCCCCAAAGUCGCGUUACGAUUGUCAAAAUUUACGACGACCCAAUACACUGUCGGUAUGCAACAACCAGUGUCCAAAUCAGUGUUCAAAUAAUACCCUAUUAAUUCGCUCGUCAUCGCGUCACAAAUUGCGUCACCCCAGUUACCAAAACAGCAGUAGCCUGGACUCAAAUGUAUCGCCAUGUCUGUCGCGUGACAGCAGUACGGAGUUGUACACAGACUCCACGGGAAUUGAUCUCGAGCAAUUUAUCGCGGUGACGAUAAAUCGCAAUCAAAAGGACCGAUCUGUCCUACUGAAGAUCGAGAAGGAGCUGAUAGAAUUCGCCAAAGAUCGUCAGAAAGUUUGCCACAAAUUUCCCAACAUGUCGUCGUACAAUCGAAUGCUGGUGCACCGUGUGGCGGCUUAUUUCGGAAUGGAGCACAAUGUUGAUCAGUCGGGGCUGUCGGUAAUUGUAACGCGUACCAAGAACAUGAGAAUUCCGGAUACGCGAUUUAAGGAGCACAUAAGGGAUGAUCUUCUCCUGACUGAGGAGCCCCGUCGCAGUAUUCUGAAGAGGGAUUCGAAUUCUUUUGAAGACGGCUGCUUCAAUUUCAAAUCACCUGACCGAAUGUCCGGGGACUACUGCAGACGAAGCAAGUCCUUCGAGGAGAGAGAGGAGGAGUACGAGAAGGUGAGGAGGAGAAUCUUCAAGGACAGCAGUGGUGAGAGCGAAGUCACCUCGUGGCCGUACUGGUCAUCCUCGGAGAGCUCAGAUGUCUCAGCACGCUAUCGUCUGCUGCAUCCGGGUGAUCAUAAUUCAAUGCGAGCGCGUUUGUUAAAGGGCGAGUCCUGCGAUGGUGGGGAAAACUUUAGCGGCGUUCUCAGACCCUCGGUGUCAAAGUCAUUCAGCUUUGGUGGCUAUACUCGGGGAAUGCUUGUCAGGGGUGACAGUGUCUCGUCGACAAGAAGCGCUGGGGCUAGACUCACUAAACAGGACUCUGGCGCAAGUGUUUGCUCGAGACUCAGUCCCUCCUCGAGUGGUUACAAGAGCCAAAGCCAAAGAAGUGAUGCCACCAUAUCGCCAUCACCAUCACCCUCACCAAUUCCCACACUACCGUGUAAUCACAAAGAGACUAGUCACAAUUCUACGUCAAUUGAUGGAUCUCAAGGAAGUCAAACGGUAAUGUGGGCCGUAUCCAGUAUUUCGAGUGUACCUGCAGGUUCAAUAAUAAUGAAUCCUCGUACUAAUCAGCCGUACACAAAUUCCGAUGGAUCAAUUUAUCGCUUUGAUCCCGAUAAUCCACCGAAAAUAUUCUCCGAUAUGGCGGAUAUAUGCGAGAGUCCUGCUGAGGGAAGUGUCACUGAGUCCCCUAGGGCUAAUUCUAAUCACAACUCCAAGCGAAAACAUUCGCCCAAGAGUAGUGCAAGGGGAGUUACGAAUACUGCUACAUCGCCAACGCCGCCAUUCAAUGUCAGUCCUCCACCGGUGAUUCAAGAGUGCUCACACGUUGCUAUCAAAACAACUGAUGCCCAGGUGUGCAACCACGGGGGUCAUAAUUAUGCCAAUUUCUCGCAGCAGAAUAGUGUGGAUGUGAGUUACAAUCAGAGCCCGGUUUAUUCUGAUCAGGCGAUUGUCAUGCAGAGACAGCAGGGUGUGGGCCAGGGCCCGGUACACGUUCCCCCACCACCAGCGGAUAUUGUUUUUGGGCAGAACAGUGUUUAUGGAAAUUAUUCGACAAUGGCAAUGCACCAAACAUGCCAUCCACAGACGAGCGAUAUCUCGGAGCUGUCCGGCUACUUCAUGGGGAUGAACAUUUAUGAGGGACCUAGGAGUGGUGGCGAGGCGCAGGGAACGCCAACCCAUGGCUUCAGUGCUCCUCCACCACCGCCACCACCUCCACCACCACCACCACCACCACUACCGACAUCACAACCACCCCAUAUACAGGGCAAUGCGCACAAUGGACAGGGAUACUGGCAACCACCACCACCAACACCCCCGCCACCACCACCUCCACCCCCACCUCCACCGGUGCCACCGUCGCAACAGCAGCAUGGACAACAUGCCAAUCCUAUGCCGCCACAGCAUACGAUGUACUUCGUUCCACCAUCAGGUCCACCACCAGUCUCUGUCGGUCAGACACCAAAUGACAGACAAGCGAUGCAUCAGCAUCAACGAUUCCCACCUGGUUAUACUUACAAUCCACAACCAAUGACACCACCAAAUCAGACAGCGCCGAAUUACGUAAAUGGUUAUGGGCCAAUAUCAUAUAAUUCAAUGCCAACUGUUGCACCUAAUCCUGCCGAUUAUUCAUACCAUAGCCCAUUGCACAUGGUACCAACUUAUUAUUCAUCUGGACAACCGGCUAUUCAACCACCACCGGUUAUGUGGAGGGUACCUACACCGCCUAAUACACCAACGUCCAAUCAAGUACCAGGUGUACCUGUCAUGUAUGUAAAUUCAGCAACGUAUGGACCACCAACAAUGAUGGCAGGAUCAUUCGGACAUCAAGUACCAAAUACAGGACCUCCAGGACCAACAGGUGCUUAUAUGGCCCCUUCAAUUCUGCCAAAUCUUGUAUUUAGACAAAAUAUGCCUAUGAUGACGACGGGCAUUCGAGCUUCAACCCCCUCCGGCUCCCAGAGAGCAAGCAGAUCACCCACUCCAGCCCAUGAAUUUUUUAACAACAAUAAUGUUAACGUUAACGGCGGAAACAAUGGUAAUGGCAAUGGCCAUGGCGGAGCUGUCAAUGGGGAUAACCGAAAUGGACAAGCACAAUCCCGUUAUCCACUGCCAAUGUAUCAGGGUCUUCAUAUCGUACAAGGGGAUAUCAGACUGAUGCAUCCUGGCAACUCUCGCCUCCAGUAUGCACCAGUGCCAUCACCACCCAUCGUUCAAGGCUGUCCACGCCCAUUCAGACCACCUUCAUACUCCUCCAACACGUCUGGAUGUCCCACACCCAAUUCCUUUGAUGGUCGAGGCCAAAAAAUACGAAAACAAAGGUCCAAAAUCACAACUCUACCACCAACUGGCGUAAGGCCCAAUGUCUAUCAAGUUCCUUCCAUGCCCUCUAUAUCAUCCAACCCGCCCAAAGACAUGCGAGAAGGGACCGUGAAGGUGACAAUCACCCGUCGAAACCACGUGACACACUACUAGCCAAUGAGAUCACCGAGUCACCGUAAGAAGAAUUUUUAAACGAUAAAAUUAACCAAACCGUGAAAAAAAAAAUGAAGCAGUAAUAACACCGUACAAAGUAAAACGUGAUUAACCUGAGGCAGGAUACCCAGAGGAAUUAAAUAAUGUUAUAAAUAAUUAUGAAGUGCGAAAUAUUUAAAGAGAUAACGAAAGUUGUACGAUAAAGAUAGAAGAAUAAUGAACGAGAAGGAAAAGAUAAGAGUGAGGAAAACGAUGAGCGAUUAUUCGUAUGUAUUAACAGUUACGAAAUUCUUUCACAUUUUUUCCCCCAUUGUUUGCCAUAAUUUUUUUUUUUUUUAUCAACAAACGAAUCUACAAUAGGCCAAAUAAAUUCUGAAUUGUCCUCUGACAUGAAUUAAUGAAAAUAUGUUGAUUAUAUUUGAUUGCAAUAGUCGAUGAACAUGAAAAUUUAAUUAUCAUUCGAGGAAAAUAAACAGUUUCUAGUGAUAUCAAAGUGGUGAUAAGACAGAAAAAUAGGCCAAUUAACUUUUAUUAUACAACAAUAAACAGUUAAACCUCGUUAA